AUGACAUAUCAAAUAAACAUCUCUAAACCAAAUUUAGAUGAGACAACAACACCAAUUCAAAUAUCUCCUGAUUUGAUUACAAAUGUGCAUACUAUAGAAACAGCAAUUAUUACAUCAAGCCAAGCAACAGAUGAUACAAUCACUGAUGACUCUAUUUUUAUUACAGAUGAACCAACAAUACAACAUACAGUUGGUUCGACAAACCCUUCUGAAACUACUUUUACAAUAACUCAACCUAUGACUGACACAUCUGCAAAAUCGAUAGAAGUUCUCUAUACCAUAGGAACUAAGCCAACAUACCAUACGUCAGAUGAGACAAUCAGUCAUGAUACCAUUUCUGUUAUUGAUGAAGCAACAACUCAACCAAUGAUGAUAAUAUCAACAGACACAAUAACAGUAUUAAUAACUGAUCAAACCACAGAAAUGACCAUCACUCAUGAAGCUACUUCAGUUGUUGAAGAAGCAUCAACUCAAACUAUGCCUGGGCCAUCUACGGACUGGAUUGCAGAACAUAAUACUACAGAAACUGUGUCAAUAAAAAAAGAACAAACUACAGAAGAAACACUCACGUAUAAGGUCACUGAUACAGAUACAAUUAAACCUAUGACAGAAAAAUCAACAGAAUGGACGGAAGGAUUUUACACUGCAGAAACUUCAAUAACAGAACAAACUGCAGACGAGACAGUCAAUUCCGCCACUGAUAAAGAGACAACUCAACUUGUGACUAGAAAGUUUACAGAAUGGGGAACAAAAGUGUAUAAUACAGAAACCGAUUCAAUAACAGAACAAACUGAAGAAACAGUAAUUACUGAUAAAGCCACUUUUGUCAUUAAACCUAUGACUGGAGCAUCUACACAAUGGAUUACAGAACUGUUUACCAUAGAAACUGAUUUAAUAACAGAACAAACUGAAGAAAUCACUGAUAAAGUCAUUUCUCUCACUGAACUCGUGACAGAAACACGGAUUACAGAACUAUAUACUGCAGAAACUGAAUCAAUAACAGAACACACUGCAGACUCGACAACCACUAAUGAUAUAACUUCUCUCACUGAUCCAGGAAUUACUCAACCUAUGAAAAGAGCAUCUACAGAAUGGAUUACUGAACUAUAUACUGCAGAAACUGAUGCAAUAACAGAACAAACUGCAGACUCGACAACCACUAAUGAUAUCACAUCUAUCACUGAUCCAGGAAUUACUCAACCCAUGAAAAGAGCAUCUACAGAAUGGAUUACUGAACUAUAUACUGCAGAAACUGAUGCAAUAACAGAACAAACUGCAGACUCGACAACCACUAAUGAUAUCACUUCUGUCACUGAUCAAAAAAUUACACAACCCAUGACAAGAGUAUCUACAGAAUGGAUUACUGAACUAUAUACUGCUGAAACUGAUUCAAUAACAGAACAAACUGAAGACUCGACAACCACUAAUGAUAUCACUUUUGUCACUGAUCAAGGAAUUACACAACCCAUGACAAGAGCAUCCACAGAAUGGAUUACUGAACUAUAUACUGCAGAAACGGAUUCAAUAAUAGAACAAACUGCAGACUCAACAACCACUAAUGAUACACCUUCUGUAACUCAUCAAAGAAUAACUCAACCCAUGACAGGAGCAUCUACAGAAUGGAUUACUGAACUGUAUACUGUUGAAACUGAUUCAAUAACAGAACAAACUGCAGACUGGACAACCACUAAUGAUAUCACAUCUAUCACUGAUAAAGGAAUUACACAACCCAUGACAAGAGCAUCUACAGAAUCGAUUACUGAACUAUAUACUGAAUUACACAACCCAUGA